AUGGGUUGAGAAGAAAACCGGUGGUCUUAUAAAAACUGUACUUGAUAAGAAUAAUGUUUGUUCUAAAACCACUAUCAUCAUCCUUGCAAAUGCGCUCUACUUUAAAGGGGUUUGGGCUGAAAAGUUUGAAGAAAGAUACACAAAAGAUAGAGAUUUCUACCUCAUGAACGGAUCAUCUAUCCAAGUACCUUUUAUGAGUAGCGCUCAAAGGCAGUAUGUCAAAGCAUUCGAUGAUUUCAAAAUCCUGAGUCUACCGUACAAGCAAGGUAAGGAUAUGAGGCGGCGAUUCUCCAUGUAUUUCGUCUUGCCUAAUGCAAAGAAUGGUCUACCAUCACUCAUAGACAUGAUGGCUAAAGAAUCCCAAUUUCUUGAGCGCCACGCCCCGAGGAUUCCGGUUGAUGUGGGCGAGUUUUGCAUACCGAAAUUCAAAAUAACUUUCGACUUUGAUGCUGUACACGUUUUAGAUGAUCUCGGGGUGCAAUUUUCCCGUGCUGGUCUAGGCGAAAUGGUGGUAGACCCGAGGGAGAGCCCCUUUGUUUCAAGCAUCAUCCACAAGUGUGUUGUUGAUGUCAAUGAGAAGGGAACAGAAGCUGCUGCAGUUACUGUGGUAAUGGGAGG